AAAUAUCCCAUAGAACAGAUUCGUAUUUGGCCGUUCAGUACACGUUCAAAUCAGACUUGUAGACCUACGUUAAUCGAACCAGACGCUGAUCUUCAAAAGCCCAUCAUUGACUGCGCGGAAAAUCACAACCCGUGGAAUGUAUUUGUUGAGCUUGUACCUCCAGACUCUGAUAUGACGGCGUUACCACCUUUCGACAAGGAUACCGACGUUUUGCUCUUUUUUAAACUCUACGAUCCCAAAAAUAAGAAAAUUCAUUACUGUGGUCAUCAUUAUAUGCCUGUUGUAGCUAAAGUCCAGGAGCUCAUACCAAUUUUAAAUGAACGCGCUGGAUUCCCACCGGAUACAGAGCUUGCUUUAUACGAGGAAAUUAAACCAAAUUUGGUUGAGAAAAUAGAUAAUUUAUCAGAGCCUUUGGAAAAAGUUUUAGAGGAAUUAAUGGACGGUGACAUUAUUGUAUUUCAAAAGGAAGGAGAUAAUGAAAUGUAUGAACUUCCGACGUGUCGAGAAUAUUUUAAAGAUUUAUUCUAUAGGGUAGAAGUAACGUUUUGUGAUAAAUUGAUUCCAAACGAUCCAGGUUUUACAAUGGAACUUUCGUUAAGAAUGACAUAUGAUCAAAUGGCAAAGGCUGUAGCGCAACGAGUUGGCACCGAUCCAUAUCUUUUACAAUUCUUUAAAUGUCAAAAUUACAAAGAUUCUCCUGGCCAUCCUUUAAAGUGUACAUUCGAUGGCACGCUUAAGGAAUUGGUUGCGUAUUGCAAAACGAAAGUAAAGAAAUUAUUUUAUCAACAGCUCAGUAUUAGGGUGAACGAGUUAGAAAACAAGAAACAGUUCAAGUGCAUAUGGGUAGGACCGUCGCUUAAAGAAGAGAAGGAGAUGAUCCUUUAUCCAAAUAAAAAUGGUACCGUUGCUAAUUUACUUGAGGAGGCUAAGAAACAGGUAGAGCUAUCGGAAAAUGGAUCGGGAAAACUGAGGAUAUUAGAAAUGACUUGCAACAAACUGUCACCUGGUCCCGGGGACGACACACCCUUAGAUCACUUAAACACAUCAGGCACCAAGUUGUAUAGGAUAGAAGAAAUACCAGUUGACGAGGUAAAUCUAGCGGAAGGCGAAAUGCUAGUUCCUGUUGCGCAUUUUCACAAAGAGGUUUUCUCAACGUUUGGUAUACCUUUCUUCUUCAAGAUCAAGCAUGGUGAACCUUUUCCCAAGAUGAAGGACAGGUUGUUAAAGAAAUUAGGAGUUCAGGAGAAAGAAUUCGAAAAGUUUAAGUUCGCGGUGGUGACCAUGGGCAAACCACAGUUCAUUACCGACUCGCCAGACUCUUGUAUCAAACUCGAGGAUUUUCUUCCUAGAUUUACCACUCAGAGCACAUCACCACACAGGCCUUGGCUUGGCUUGGAACACGUCAACAAAGCGCCAAAGCGCUCUCGUAUCAACUACCUCGAAAAGGCCAUUAAGAUUUACAAUUAAAUUUCCACCACAUUGAGAAGAAGAAACUAAAUUAGGCAGCCACUCAUAAUAAUUUAUACAAUUCUGUAUAGUAAGAGAGCGACGUCUGAUAUAUUGAAGGUUGGAAAAAUGCGUUCAUAUAUUCGUUUCUUCAGCCAGAUUAAAUAUGCAAUUUUAAUACUGCAAGACCGACAUUGGAAGGUAAAUCCUCCAUGUUUGACAUACAAUGGAUUAAGAGACUAUGAAGUGUGCAGUGCUAUUUUAUGCAUCAUGGAAGAGCGAUGAUAUAGUUCCUCGAUUCGAAUUUGUAAAGAUUUUACGUAAUGGCCCGAUAGCUUAUUUUGGCGUCACUCAGUACGAAUUUUCGCCUAGACUCCGAAAAUAUUUGAUUAUGAAAUGCACGUAUAUAUUGUAUCUAAUAUUAUUGUCUGAUAUAAUUAUCUCUAAUAAACUAUUUCUUUCUUUUUUUAAAUUAUAUUAGGAAACUUUAAAAUUCCGGUUCUUACCCUAUCGUAUAUAGAAGUUGUAUGUAAUCGAUACAAACCUCAAGAGGUAUCGUAUUAUGUUCUGCAUGAUCUUUAACAUUCGUGGCAUCGAGAAAGGAUUGUUCUUUUAUGCCGUAUUCUCAAGAUGUUUGAGAUGUGGAUUUGCUAUUAAAAGAAAAAGAAAAGUAAAGUUUUUAACUUGCGUUUAAAAGAAUUUCAAUGUAACGUUUUAUUCGAAUUCUAAUAUUUAACGAGUUUAUUUAAGGUGCACAUUAAGAUUUUUUGAAAUUUCUUGUAUUUCUAAACAAAGCACCUAUAAUUCUGCUAUUUUAUUUCACGUUAUGCCGUAAGAAGAAUGAAGAAGAAAGCGUGCAUAAGAAAAAUUUUCAAGUUGCCUUUCAAACAUCCUGGGAUAUUUUUCUUGUGUUUGCGGUUAUUUUUACUUUUUAUUGUAUGUUUUAUGUCGAAACAGUGAAGUAUAAAGUAUUUUACAAGUAUAAAAACAUGUGAAGCAAGAGAUUGGCAACAUGAGUGACGCUUAAUCUAGAUUAAAAAAUUAUCUGCAAGAUGCAAACGCUUAUUGUUAUAAUAAGAUACUCGCGACUUUUUUUUUUUAAUAUUUUAACACAGCAAAACACCGACUCCGCUUUUUAGGGAGCGAUGUAGAAAGUAACGAUUUACUUAAGCAAUCAUAGUAUUCGUUCUAUUUGAUCCAUAAAUUAACGAUUUACUUUAUAUUUACAACACAAGUAUAUGUAUAUGAAAUAUUCUAUUACAUGGAAAAUCACUUUCAACAAGAUAAUCUGCGUCUUGUGCAAGAUCUAUCGCGUUUGCGCAUCCUUGUUUAUCGUUUUCUACUGUGAUCAAUUCAACUUAGCAAACAUUUAUUUAAACAUUACGUUGGCUCGAAUAUUUAAAAUAGCAUAAUUGUAGAUGUCAAAGAGAAUGCUCGCUUUCUACACGCGUGGAUUAUUUAAUAAACUUCUUUUUAAAUUUAAUUGUUUACUAUGGACGUAAGAUUUUGAGAUUUAUCAAGUUUAUAAACAUAAUCGGAUUUUAAAAAGUUAUUUUGAAUGUUUAAAAUUGAAUUACAGAGAAUGUUACAAGAAUCGUUUUGAGAACAUACGAAAACAAAGUUUGCAGUACGGGAGACUGGUAUACCAAUAUAUAUAUAUAAUUGAAGUAUAUGUAAGAUUUUAACGGAUUUGCGCGACAACUCCUCGAGAGUGAUAACACUGCGCUAUAUUUGCUCUAUAAUAAUAAUAAUAAUAAUAAUAAUAAUAAUACAACUAAGAAAAAACUAUACAACACACAUUAGAAGAAGACUGGAUGCAUAAGUUAAGUGACAGCGUGGCAUGCACGCAGAAUAUUUUGUAAAAAAGAAAAACUAAAUAUGACUGUACAGACUGGUGGCAUGUAAUCGUAAUCUUGAUAUCGUGUAUCUAAAACAGCUACUCCAAAUUAUAGUUCUCUGUGGAUGUCAAGUGGGUUUUUUUUUUGCUACUUAUAUAUAUAUAUAUAUAUAUAUAUAUAUAUAUAUAUAUUUACAUAUAGUUAUUUGAAUCUAUUCAGAAUAAUUUAUCGGUAUGCUUGUUAGAUGUGUUGCCAAGGUGAGAGGGGGGAUGCGCGCGCGCGCGCGCGUGUGUGUGUGUGUGUGUGUGUGUGUGUGUGUGUGUGUGUAUCAUAAUAAAUUUAAAAUCGAAUUGUAAAAAAAGCAUUAUUACAGAUCUGAUUAUCGAGGAAAUAUUUCCUACGAAUACAGUCAAAAUAUAGUAUCUUUGUAUUGCCUAAAAAUUGGUUCUGCAGCAUCGUUACAUUAUAAUCACGUGUGAUUGUAUUUUCCUGAUUGCAUUUUUUUUUCUUUAGUGUUGUCCUGUUUAGGUGAACAUUGGGAAAAAGAUUGAGCACUUUGCAAAAGGUCUAUAUCGAGUCGCAACUGUGGAAAAUACGGUAACAAUAUUUCUGAUAAAAGCGGCAGUAAUGAUUUCUUCGAAAGAAAAAAAUGAAGCAGAAUUAUUGCAAAUAUACUUGAUGUAGCAAAAGAUUCCGAUGGAAUAUACGAAUUACAUAUUUUGUUUACACACACAGACACACACGCACACACACACACACACAUGUAUAUUUCGUUGUUAGGUUCCUUGAAGAUUAUUGCUAAUGGUAAUCCUAAAGACGAAGCUGGCAUACGAAAUGACAAUGAAAAAAAAACUUGCAAAAAAAAAUCGAAUAGAAUAGAUUUAUCUGAAAUGAGAUCCGCUUAAAUUUAUUAUAAUCGACAUCAUCGGCGACACAUGAUUGUAACGAGCAAUACGCAAGAAAGAGAAUAAGUCGAGACAUCCAGCAUACGACUGCUAUAUAAUAGGUUGUAUAUCAGAUGCUUUUGCGUUUUUGUAGAGCUGAGCCUAGAAAGAAAAUUGCUCAAUACACUGCGAUUGUAAAUCUAAAUAUUUAAUAGUUUAUUUCUAGAGAGGCGAAGGAAUUAAGUGCGAUGCAGAUAUGCAUAAUAGAAGAAUGAUAAUAAAAGCGAUACAUUGGA